GUCUUGCUUCGGAGCGAGUGAAUCUACUUCUCCAGCCUUUGACAGACGGGGAAAGCGUGUGCAGUGGCAUUGGUGUCCGUCUGGCCGCUCUUGCUGGUCGGUCCUUGUCAAUCGUACGGCUGACUGUUCCGACGAGGCAACCGAUUCGGCCCGAUCCGGUUUUCUUCGUGCUCGAGCAUAGUACGAUUGUGUAAACGACCGUACUACGUACAGCGUAUUCUCGUCAGUUGCGUGCGCUGACUUUGCCGGCGAGAGCAAGCCAGGGUUUGAAGGCGGUGUCGAUUGUGUGUAUUAGGCACCAUUGCCUCGCAUAAAGUUUUACAUUCGGUCCGCCAACGUAGGCUCAGUUGUACGGUUGCAAACUCGUGUCUACCGAUCGAGUGCCAGUGCGACGUCAGUCGGGCGUGCUACACGGGUGUAUUAUCCACGACUGUGUGCCUAUAGAAUGUGUGUAUGUGCGUAACGUGUGCGUAGAGGAAAACAAAUUCGUCGCUGCUGGGGCAAGAAAGAGAUAGAGGAGAGAAGAGUGGGAGAACCGAGGCGGCCGUGAAUCCGCGAUACGUGGCUGCGUUCACGCCGCCGCAUAUUCCACACGGCACGACACGAAACACGACGACGUCAGCCCAGACUACGAGAGGAGAGAGGCGCGUAUCAGCACGCCUUCCGAAUUAUUACGAAUUCCUAUAGCUUUGACGCGCCUUUUGGCGCGUACAGCCUCCUCGUUCGGUCGACUUCCUCGACCUCCUCGUCGCCACUAUGGCGGACGACGAGGUUCUCUUCGACGAGGUUUACGAGCUCUGCGAGAUUAUCGGCAAAGGACCAUUCAGUGUUGUUCGGAAAUGCAUUCAUCGGCAGACGGGGCAGACAUUCGCCGUAAAAAUAGUCGACGUUGCAAAGUUCACCUCCAGUCCUGGUCUAAGUACAAACGAUUUGAAGCGCGAGGCCACAAUAUGCCAUAUGUUGAAACAUCCCCACAUUGUAGAGUUGCUCGAGACCUACAGUUCGGAGGGUAUGCUGUACAUGGUAUUCGAAUAUAUGGAUGGCUCUGAUUUAUGUUUCGAGGUUGUUCGAAGAGCGACUGCUGGAUUCGUGUACAGCGAAGCAGUUGCCAGCCAUUACAUGCGACAGAUCCUGGAGGCGUUGCGCUACUGCCACGAGAACGACAUAAUUCAUCGUGAUCUAAAGCCGCAAUGCGCCCUCCUGGCGGGCAAGGAAAAUUCCGCACCGGUGAAGCUACGCGGGUUCAGCGUCGCCGUGCAACUUCAGUCGUCGCAGGCAAACGGCGUCGAGUGUUACACGACCGAGUAUGGGCAGUGUCUGAGCCCAAAGGGGCAGCUCUACUUGAAGGUCGACAGCGAGGGUCGCGUGGGAUGUCCACAUUUCAUGGCACCGGAAGUGAUCCAGCGCAGACAAUACGGGAAGCCUGGUGACGUCUGGUCAGCGGGGGUGUUGCUUCAUAUAUUGCUAACUGGCACACUACCGUUCGUGGGUUCUCGAGACAAACUACGGGAAGCGAUUUGCAGAGGACGAGUGCAGAUGGAAACGCCUCUGUGGGAUUGCAUUAGCGAACCAGCAAAGGAUCUCAUACAGAGGAUGCUCACGACAGACGUAAAUCACAGGAUCACCAUACAGGAAGUCCUCAACCACAAAUGGCUUAGAGAUCGUGACAAGGGCGUGGCCCGAAUACAUUUAAGCGAUACUAUAGAAGAGCUUAAGAAAUUUAACGCGAGACGAAAAUUGAAGGAAGCUGUGAAAGCGGCGGUUUCGUCGCAAAAGUGGCACACCGCGUACUCGGAAGUAAAUGGCGACAGUUUUUUCGACUCCGGAGACGAGGAAGUCAUGACCACAGGUGCUGUAGCUGAAAUUUUGGACUCUUUGGACGACAUCGAGGUACUUCAAGAGAGUGGAAGACUGACGCGUAGCGAAAUUCUGAAUGCGGUCGAUGAUUAUCGCCUUCGAGCAAUUUUAGAGCUGUACGAUAAGAUUUCGGCUCGGGUUUCAACGCCGUGUCGAGCGCCGCAGACAGAUGCCGUUCAACGUGCGCGGGAAGUUGAAGAGCUUCUUCGGGAAAUUGAACAUUCAGCAAUACGAAACAUCGACAGGGCCGAUCUUCGGGAGCUCUACGAACUUUUGGUCCAGCCGCAUAUGAGGGCGCUUCUGCAAGCGCACGACGUUGCUGGACACGAAGUUUACGGCGAAGAAGCCACCAGGGUGACGCCGCCGCCUCUGCUUCCUUAUUUGAACGGUGGCGACGAUCUCGAGGGACAAAACGGUGACCUGGACCUCGAAAACGUCACGCGCGUCAGGCUGGUCCAGUUCCAGAAGAACACCGAUGAGCCAAUGGGAAUCACGCUAAAAAUGAACGAGGAUGGAAAAUGCGUGGUGGCAAGAAUUAUGCACGGUGGCAUGAUACAUAGACAAGCGACUCUCCAUGUUGGUGACGAGAUCAGAGAAAUUAACGGAAUACCAGUGGCCAAUCAAUCUGUCAAUGCCUUGCAAAAGAUACUCCGUGAAGCACGAGGAUCAGUGACCUUCAAAAUCGUGCCAUCUUACAGGAGCGCGCCACCACCCUGUGAGUUGUUCAGGAUUAAGCCUCUGCCAGUGUUAAUUUUCGUUCGAGCGCAAUUUGACUAUGAUCCGUUGGAGGACGAGCUGAUACCUUGCGCGCAAGCUGGAAUCGCGUUUAAAACCGGCGACAUCUUGCAGAUCAUUAGCAAGGAUGAUCCUUAUUGGUGGCAGGCGCAGAAGGACAACGCGGCCGGUUCCGCGGGCUUGAUACCUUCGCCUGAACUUCAGGAACGACGUAUCGCGUACAUGGCAGUGGAGAAGAACAAGCAGGAACAAGAUGCUGAAGGAGAAGGAGGAUGUUCUUCUCACACCGAAGGCUGCGACGGUUCGACAGUGAAUUGCUCAAUAUUUGGCCGAAAAAAGAAGCAAAACAAGGAUAAGUAUCUCGCGAAACACAACGCAGUGUUCGACCAGCUGGAUCUGGUCACCUACGAGGAGGUCGUUAAGCUUCCAUAUCCUGCAUUCCAGCGAAAAACACUAGUGUUAUUAGGAGCACACGGCGUUGGUCGCCGGCAUAUAAAGAAUACAAUUAUCGCAAAGCAUCCCGACAAAUAUGCCUAUCCUAUUCCACAUACAACGAGGCCUCCGCGGAACGAUGAAGAGAAUGGUCGCAAUUAUUAUUUCGUACCGCACGACGAAAUGAUGUCAGACAUAGGCGCUAACGAGUACCUUGAAUACGGUACACACGAAGAUGCUAUGUACGGAACAAAGCUCGAAACGAUUCGCACAAUUCAUGAAGAGGGGAGGGUGGCGAUAUUGGAUGUCGAACCGCAAGCAUUGAAAGUGCUACGCACGGCAGAAUUUGCGCCUUACGUCGUCUUCAUCGCUGCUCCGGUGUUCCAGAAUAUUACCGACUGCGACGGGAGCCUGGAGAAGCUCGCGAAGGAAUCGGAUUCGCUGAAACAGGCGUACGGGCACUUCUUCGAUCUGACGAUCGUGAACAACGACAUCGAGGAGACGAUCGCGCAAUUAGAGGCAGCUAUUGAGCGGGUCCACACGACACCGCAGUGGGUACCCGUCUCCUGGGUCUACUGACAGCGAACCACGCCAAUUCGUUACAACACCAACGCGGAUUGCAACGGCUCGUCGAAUGUGAAACAAUGAUCGUCGGAUCGCUAUUCACCGAACGACCGGUCCAAUUGCGAUCGUUUCGCUGCGACCAUGGUAACUCCGUAUGCGCGUGGCCGCGCGAACUCGCGGUGCUCGCAGCAGAUCGUGGUCGUAGCCGAUUCGGGACAGACAGGCACGUAUAUACACGUCGGACCAAUCGAACGAACAAACGAAUGAUACAACUUGCCGUCGAUCCUUCGACCGAUUUCUGGCAUGACGUCGACGCAAACGCGUGACUUUGGCCGUGUGUUCAUCAAGUUUUAUCAUUGCUGCUGCAUUACUACUAUUAUUAUUAUUACUAUUAUCAUUGCUAUCACCGUCGCCUGGGGAGAAAGAGACGAAGCUUGAACGAUGUGGAUCCCCCGGGGGGGACGCAGAACACGACAAUCAAAAAGCAGAGAUCACAACUUUCGAUUUCGAUGCGUAAGGUUAAUCAGCGUUCCUCGAAGCUGAAAGAAAAAAAAACUACAUACUUAUUCGAACGGUAUCGGUAUACGAAUCGACGAAUCGUAAUCGACAACGGAUCAGUCUCCUCGCGAUUAUUACGAUUACAUGGUUUUCUCUCUUUUUCUCUUCACCACCUUUCUGCUUUUACUUUCUCACUGUCUGUCUCUCUUUCUCUGUUUAUUCCGCUAUUUUCUUUAGCAUUUCUCGAAGACAUUCCUCGCGCCACGUUAGUGCGCGGACACGAAUUUAUCACAGUAUUCGUCACCCUGUGCGAUCCGUACGUAGCGAUACGAUGGAAUACAAUGGGAGUAUUUACCAAAGAGUAUAAAAUGAAAAGAAAAAUGCACAGUCCGCGAUACACCUGUGAAGAAUUACACCGAAGAGGAUUAGAAACAAAAGGGAACGGUCGUUCGUGCUGUUCGUGAAUGUUGACCGAGUGGACACGCUUGUACCGUUAUUCCAAAAUUGUGUCAAUCGACUAUUCGUAACCUACUAUUGCCUCCUAUCGUACUCUCUUGUAACUAUUUACACGAAAUGAAAAAAAAUACUAGGGCAGCGCUGUUCGAUAGUCUAAAACGCUAAUCCCAUCGUAAUAGUCAAUCUGUUUGUUCGAGUUUGAAGGAAAUUGGACUAUCGACAACUAGUCGUUUACUUGUAAUUUUAAGCAGUAGGGGAAACUUCGCCGAUUUCGUCUAGUACUUCUAACAUCUGACGGGAGUUCGUCCUCGACGAACCCUCGUGCGCGUAUAUGCGCGAGCGCUAACUCUUCUUUGAACGGUAAUCGUAUCUUUUGUCUCCGAUUCGGACGUGUCUAACUUCCGUUUACGCCGUUUGCAAACUUUCCACGUGGCUGCGUUCAACUUCUCGCCCAGAUCUGCGACGUCCAGCUACGAAUAUCCUCUCAUGUUGUUCCUUUCGUUCUCAGAACGUACCUACUCUAGACUCGAUUGUUCAUCGAAACACACCGAUCAACGACAUCGCUUUUUUCUUUCCAGUUUCAGUUCCGUUCGAGCGAACGUAGGUACACGCGUUAGGUGGACGUCCUAGAAUCGACGCCGAUUUUGACCAGACUACUUUUCCCCGCGAUUACGUUGACACACGAGACACACGUACACACGUCAACUGGUAAUAUCACUCGGUUCGCAUUGCACCCUUGUACAAAGCGCAUAAUUGAAUGACGAAGUAACAAAACGCGGUUUACUAUACGAUAUUUAUAACACGUAAACUCAAGUAAAUAGAUAGAUAUACCAGAUAUAUGAAAUAAUACGAAACACCGUCUCGCAUUAAAUGA